UUACAUAGGUGCGCCAUGUUGAUUUGGUCUUCUGUAGCAAAAAUAUUACUGAGGAGGCCAUAUUGAGGACACUCUGUAAAACACCGAUUUGAAUAUUCUCGUUUCGUUGUGGAUUUCGACGUUGUUUUAUAAGUUUUGAGAUGAAACAGUUGACAGUUGGCCGCAGAUAAUUGAUUUCCGUGGGUGUGUUUCGAAACUGAUUGGGACGCCGUUUCCAAUGAGUUGAGUGCCUCGCGAUCCAGUUCCUGAAACAACGCAGUGUUUUCGAACGCGAUAGACGGCACACAACACGCCGUUCGAGAGUCAAGAAACUUUACUCAGGAUGGACUUGCGGGGCCAAAGGACCUACCCGAGUCACCACGGGACGUAAUCACUGAUUUCGGACGGAGAAAAAGGCCUCUGAGCAAGCUGUAGUGCCAUAAAAAGAAGCCAGAAUGAUUUGGAGGGUGUUGAUUCUUUUCGCCGUGAUGCAAGCAAUCGCGUGCCACGAGAUCAAAUCCAACAAAACGGUGAUGUGCGAAAUGUUCAGCAAGUCCAAUCAGACGUCGCAGUGCGACGACCCGAGAACAUGCACUAAGCAGGCGCCGUGCCCCAGCUCGGAUCAGGAGCAGCACUGCUUUGCCCUGUGGAAGAUAAACGAGGAAGGUGUCACCUCGGUCGAGAUGAAGGGUUGUUUCCUGCACAACAUGGACUGCGCCAAACAGGUCAAGUGCGUGACCAGCGAGAAAGUGAAGGACGGACUCUUCUUCUGCUGCUGCACCGGCGACUUGUGCAACAGCAAUUUUGAAUAUGUCCCGCCGGUGACUGAGAAACCAACUAUUCAGAUUUUUUCAGCUUCUGAGUAUGAGGCCGAUGACCGUGAGAACGAGAAAGUUUUCUUAAUCGUGAGCGUGAGCCUGUUCACCUUUUCUGCGUUUGCCCUCAUCAUCUUCACUGCCUAUCGCUAUCGAAAGAUGAGAAGUUUCAACCAGUUGCCAACACAUGAUCCAAACCCCAUACCCCCGUCUCCAGCCGCUGGUCUGCGACCAAUCCAGCUCCUGGAAAUCAAAGCCAGAGGAAGGUUUGGCGCUGUUUGGAAGGCCCAGUACAGAAGCGAUGCAGUUGUCGCUGUCAAAAUUUUCCCAAUCCAGGACAAGCUCAGCUGGGUGACAGAGCAGGAAAUCUUCAAGUUGCCGCACAUGGAUCAUGAAAACAUUCUGAGCUUUUACGGAGCGGAGAGGCGCGGUGACAACCUGCAAGCCGAGUUUUGGCUGAUCACAGCGUACCACGAGCGGGGCUCGCUUUGCGAAUUCCUGAAGACAUCAGUGGUGUCCUGGCCGGAGCUGUGCCGCAUCGCUGAGAGCAUGGCGCGCGGCCUGAUGCACCUGCACGAGGAGAUGGCCGGCAGUAGGGAACAGGGGCGCAAGCCAUCUGUUGCUCACCGCGACUUCAAGUCUAAGAACGUGCUGCUGAAAAGCGACCUAACCGCGUGCAUUGCUGACUUUGGGCUGGCGCUCAUCUUCCAGCCAGGCAAGCCGUGCGGCGACACGCACGGCCAGGUCGGCACCCGCCGUUACAUGGCCCCGGAGGUGCUCGAAGGCGCCAUCAACUUCUCCCGCGACGCCUUCCUCCGCAUCGACAUGUAUGCGUGUGGCCUCGUCCUAUGGGAGCUCGUGUCCAGAUGCACUGCGCAGGACGGCCCCAUUCCUGAACACAUGCUGCCGUUCGAGGAGGAGGUUGGUCAGCAUCCUUCGCUUGAAGACAUGCAGGAAGCUGUAGUGCACAAAAAGAUGAGGCCAGCCAUUAGGGAAACUUGGAAACAGCAUUCGGGAUUGGUUGCCCUGAGUGAGACGAUGGAAGAAUGCUGGGACCACGACGCGGAAGCGCGGCUGUCGGCGUCAUGUGUGAUGGAGCGGGUGGCGCAGGAGGCGCGGAUGCUGCCACUUGGCAACAACAACAUCUGCUCGAUAGGUGGCAACCACAUGCAGUUGCAGCAGACGGCCACUCUGAUAGACUGCAAGGAAUCUUCCAUGUAGUGCUUCUGCCGGCGGCAAGCCCGCGUCGUGUGGCGCCACUCGGAGAUUGACGUGUCUGUCUCAGGUGAUGGGAGGACUAUGGAGCUGCCAUAUUUGAAAGACGAUUUCAUCUAAAGUUCCGGCCCAACACAGGGUUUACUCCAUUACUCUUUGUUGAUUGUAUUUGCAGGUAUCAACCAGUGUCUUGGUUGCAUUAUAGACUUCCUAGGUUUUUAUUUUUGUAUCCUCAGGUUUGUCCGUAACGUGAAUAUUUUUUUUUCAUUUGUAUCCGUGAGAAAAGACAGUCUUAGUUACUUACACUCAGUUAUGCACAAGAUGACGAAUGUCACGAUUGAUUUUUGUGUGUGGUGAACCACAGGAAUCCAUUGAUUGGGCUGCAUGAUCGCAUCAGAUUCAAGUGUACCUAAUUAACUGUAAAUUAGUGUCAUUGUGCAUUUGACGUCCUGGACAUCGAUCGAUUCGUUUCUCACUGAUUUCAUUGUCCAAUCCAAUCUGCCAUUAUGAUAGUUUCAAAGCGUAUUAAUUUUAUUAUCGAUUGGAAUCUUCUUUUUUCACUGCCAUUGUAAAUCGUAGCACACAUUAUACACUCUCUCCCAUGGAAGAAAUUAAUUUUCCUCAGACCCACAUCCGCGUUUCGACCCCUUAUCUUUUUUUAUAUUUUAAUUUUUACUUUGAUUUGAAUGCGUUUUCAGUUUGAUCUCUAGGAAAGAAGAUGAUCCGUUUUGUGACGCGCGAGUCAGUGUUUUAUCUCGAAAUCUAUGGUGCUGGGUCUUGAACCUUUUUGUAGUUGUUUCUCAGCGUUGUUGAGUGGAAGCAAAUUCGCAGCUCCUGCAGCCUUCCCAUAUGCAAUUGCCACUUUUUGGAAUUCGCCUUUUUUCAAAAGAGAAAUGGACAAGAAAAUAAAACACGAAUACCAAUCCAAUUUUGCAAACUGAAAACAGAUUUGAUGUUCCUACCCCCCUUUUAAAUACCUCACUGUAUCGAAUGGUUUUUGGAAUUGAGACUUUGCCAAAAAGUACCUCCAGUUUUAUCCAUGCCAUUAUGACCUACUGUAUUUAAGAAUUCAAGCAAGCAAGCAAACACGUACACACAAACAAAACGCAGAAGCAAAGUCCCAACUCCACCGCAAUUAUAGAAAAUAUGUAUUUCAUUCCGCCAUACAGACUGCCUCAUGUAUAUUUAUUAAUGAUACUACUGUCUUUAAAUUUUUAUUUUGUUGAUUCGAUAGAGAAGGACAUUCACACACACAUACAUACACACACACAUACACAUGACAUGAUGUAAACAAACAGAGAAACUUCCUCAUGAAUUGAGCUGCUAUAUUAAGGAGGAGAAUUAAUUAUUAUUAUUAUUAUUAUAUAUAUAAAGAUAGGUGUUGUUCGAUUUGGAAGAAGUAAUGCCUAUAAUAGAUUUAUCGGCUGCUGCUUUUGUAAAUAUUUUUACCUUGUAGAGAUUCGCUGUAAGUGUCAUGCAAUAUGUAUGUACUCAUGAAGCACUAAGGAAACACAGCUUACAUGAGUCGGACGGUCCGGUCCGCGCCGACUCUUAACAACAACAAACAGAAAACAACUCAAAAGAUCGCAAAAGAAAGAAAGAAAGUCCCUCUCCCGAUUUUGGCUUAAUAAUAUUGCUCAAUGGCUGUAAUUUUUACAAAGGAAUUUUUGUAUCAAACAACUCAGCAAAACUGAAAUUUUAUAACAGUGUACCUUGAAUUACUGAAUAUUGUAAUAUAUUAUUAUUUGGGCGCCAACUGUUAAGAAUGACCUGAAUUUUUAAGUAAUUCCAACUUAACUACCUGUCUAUACACCGAGAGUACUUAUUUUUAGUGUACAGUUUUUACGGUUCAACGCACUACCUUUUUAAUUAUCAGUUGUGAGCACCGGUUUUAGCACAUUUGAGUCAAAAUUCGGAACUAGAGGCACAAUCUGUAGCAGGCAGCUCAAAUUCAAAGAAGGCAGCUGUUGAAAAUCGCUGGAAACCCACCAACCCACCCACCAAACCGAUUUACUUGACGACUAAAGGCUCAUUAUAGCUAGACACAAAAUCGAAUAGCCAGCAAUUUUAUUAACCGAUUGAUUCUGCGCACUUGUUAAAUUAUCUCUGGAGUCUGAAAUAUCAUAUUUGACUUUGUCAAUCGUUUCCUGAAAGUUAAAUUAGGUUAGGCAAACCGAUCCGUUGGUUGACAAUUCGAAAUUACGUUCAGAAAAUUGGUCCAAAUGUUAAAAAUCGUUUCUUAAGUGGUUUUUUAUUUUAACCUUGCCUAAAAAACGCUGGCAAGCAAUCUGAGAUGGCAGGCUGGGUAAUUCGUUCAAAUAUUUUUUGUAUCACGAAUCUAUCUAUAAUUCGCCUGGAAAAACAUUGAUUUUUAAAUGGUCCUAUCCUCAUGUUUUAAGACAAAAUUGGACAAUUUUCAGGAAAAUAAAAAUCCGAUUGAAAAAAAUUAAAAUUUGAACAAGUCUUCCGAAUUCGGCCCUCAAGAAUCGAUUGGCACUGUCAAAAAUGAAAUUCCAGUGCUAGUAUAAGUAUUCAAUCUCGAGUCUCGGUAUCGCUCGUGGAAAACAAACCGAAAUCCAAAUGAUUCCAAGAAUUUCCAAGCUUUAAACAGUGCAAAAUCGACCUCAGUUUUCUGGCUUUGAACUCGGUGUGAUUUUGGUUGAGUGCUUGAAGCAGAGGGAUACCGAGCCCGACGUGGUAGCAAUGCAUCAUCUGUGUUUCCUUGAGAACUUUCCACUGACACGACACUCACACAAACACACGACACGACCGAGAUACAUUUGUCAAUCUGGGUGUUUUUGAUAACAGUUGUUGUUAUUGAUUUGAUGGCACUCUUUUGAAAAAAUCAUUUGAAAUGCAAAUGAAGACUGCAUUUUGUACCCCAUUAUAAGAUGUGGCCCUCUUUUUGCUAAACUCAUGUAUGAAAUACCGCGUUUGAGGAACUGUAAGAAUACGAAUUGACUCGUAGACUUGAGUAGGGCAAGAUUAUACUCGCGAAAAAACAUCUCCUUAGCAGCUGAGCUUUUUCAAAUCGAAGACAAGAUUCGAUCUGAUCUCGGAAUUAAAUUUGCUGCUCCUUUGAGAAAGCUCGUCAGAAAGAAGUGCUUUAAAGUAGCCACACUCAUGUUAAAUUAACAAGCAAACAAACACACAACUACAUUACAAAGAAAAAGAUUAACGUUAAUGAAAAAUGCAUGCGUAAUGUGAAAAAAGUGUUAAGUGUAAAUACCGGUAAAUACGAGAUGAAUUACUACCCAAGGUACAAGAAAUGUGCGCCACAGAAUGAUAGUUAAAGCAGUACGCAGCAAGUGUUGACAAAUAGCAUAAAAAAAUAA